AUGUGGGCGGUCAAAUACUGCCGGCGCCAUUCCACAUCGGGGGUAAUCCGCCUCCAUCGCGAGUGUUUCUUUCGCUUCGCUUUCUGUGAUCUCCCCGUCCUCUCCGCCCUCCAAGAGCGCCUUCAAGAUCUAACCGCCUCCUUCUCCCAGAACCGCGACGCCCAGUUCCGCCAGCAGCUACAUGCCCUGCAGUGCGACAUGACGCUGAUCAACAACGCGGACCCCUAUGUGCCGGGGCCGAUGCCGGAUUCGGCGGAGGAGGUUGCUAGGCUUGUGGAGGGGACUGUUGGGGGUGGGGUUUUUGGGAGGGAGAUGGCGGGGUUGUCGGGGAUGUGGUAUUCGAGGUUUGUGCAGGAGGUUAAUGGGGUCAAGGAGGAGAGGGAUGGGGAGUUGGCUAUGUUGGUGCACCGCCAUGAAAAUAAUCUUGAACGAUUCCGUCGGGAGCAUGCGUUUCGGAACCAUUUCGCCGCUGAAGAGUAUACUAAUUUGUCGUCGACGCUGCGGGAGCGGUUGGUGCAGACGAUUACUGGGAAGAAGGGUCGGUUGAUGAGGGAAAAGGAGCAAUUGGACAUCGCGGAUACCAAUUCGCUACUCCUUCAUCCGAACCAGUUCAGUAUCACCAACCCGGCUAGUCCUGGUGGGGUCCAUGGGAAUCGCAAGACCAGACAUACUCGUCACCGCAUGGAUUUGGAUGAAUUGGGCAACGGGAUUGGACCGGAGGUGUUGAAUAAGAGGAAGCGAAAGGCUCCUGAGGAUGAUGUGGGUUCGCCGGUGCGGGAUGCAGGCUCUGCGGAGCGUGCUAAGGCUAGUGCUGCUCAGCACCAGCCGCCGCCUAGUUAUUCGCUGCAAUCGUUGUUCACGGAUAAGGAGCUGAGCUCGCAUGCCAAUCUGGCUCAUAUUGCUACGAUUCACUUCUUCUCGACUUCCAAGCGGGGGGAACAAGGGGGUGUUGGGACGAGCAAUAAUACCGAUGCGGAUGAUGCGUCUGGCGCAGGGGACCAUACCGGUCAGGAAGACAACGGUACUCCGGCCACUGAUAUGGUCCGAACGGCAAGUCAGAACUUCCACGCGACGCGAUCCACCCGCACGCACGGUAACAGCGCCCUCAACGCUCUCGCCGAGCUGUCAGACAAACAAGCAAUUCGUCCAAACCUCCCCUACCACCUCCUAACAAACCACCAACCCCGAGUCAACGCCAGCGCCCCGCCACCACCACCACUAAUGAACGAAGAAAUGGAAGACGACUGGUCGCGCAUGGAACGACUACACAGCAAGCCAGCAGGCUGGGUGGACCGCAAUCUAAUUGAGGUACUUCUCGAACCUGGUCCGGAACAAGUCGACGGGGUGCCGCAGGAUCCGCACAGGUUUAGCAUGUUGCACCCGGACUUUCCUGCUACGAUGGGGGUGCAUUGCACAAGCACAAGCACAACCACUCAACUCCAAACAACAGAGGACAUCCCCGUCCCCCGCGGCCCCAUCAGCGCAACAAUAUCCUUCGUCGUCCCCUGGCCCACCACCCCCCUCAACCAGCUCUACAACUACGUCGAAGACCCACCCACGGGCACCCCAAAGCACAACUUCGACGAAGUCCCCUUCCAAGUCAAUCUAACGGAUAUCCGCGGCACCGAGGAUACAUAUACCCUCGACGACAACGCCUUCACUGUGCUUAAGGAUGUACACACAGAUACAAGCUAUCAGACGUAUGAUGAUGAUAAAGAGGUGGAGAGGAUAUACUAUCCUGAGGUUGAGAAGUUGUUGUUAGACAACGUCCCCGGCGCGCACAAGAUCGUGAUUUUCGACCAUACGAUUCGCCGACAAGGGCCUGGGGCAGCAAGACAACCCGUGAACCGCGCGCAUGUUGAUCAAUCACCUGCCGCGGCUGCGGAGCGCGUACGCAUCCACGUCGAUGAUAAAUCCGAAGCAGAAGAGUUACUCAAAGGCCGCUUCCGGAUAAUCAACGUCUGGCGCCCGAUCAAUGGCACCGUCGUCUUUGCACCACUAGCACUCGCUGAUGUUAAAAGUAUCCUCCCCGAACGAGACCUGGUGAACAUCCAGCAUCGCUAUCCGCAUCGUAAUGGGGAGAUCAUGGGUGUCUUGCAUUCUGAUGAGCAGCGGUGGUUGUAUGUUUCUGGUGUUGAGGGGGGUGAGAGGUUGUUGUUGAAGUGUGCGGAUUCUUUUGAGGGAAAGGAUCUUGGGGAUAGAAAGGGUGGGGUGGUUGCGGGAAGGGCGCCGCAUAGUGCGUUUGUGGAUCCGAGGAGUGUGGAAGGGGAGGGGGGGAAGGCUAGGGAGAGUAUUGAGGUUAGGGCGUUGGUUUUUGGGUAGCUUCGCCGGGGUACUGUUCUGAGGAGGGUUAUGUACCGGGGA